CAAAUCACUUUCUUUUUCUACAACAAAUGUGGAACAUGAAGCUCUUAUUUGGAGCCCACAAAUCUUUCCUUCUUCUGCUUAUUUUCAUGGCACUCUUUGUUGGUAAAGCCCUCAGGCCUCACCAUUAUAUUUCCAUCAGUUUACAUAAAAAGAUUGCAUCAAAAGGUGACGAAAAUCGCGUGUAUGUCAAGGAAGAAGAAAUGGAGGUAUAUCCGACCGGUUCGAGUUUACCGGACUGUUCUCAUGCCUGUGGACCAUGCUUUCCCUGCAAGAGGGUGAUGGUGAGCUUCAAGUGCUCCAUUGGAGAGUCUUGCCCUAUUGUUUACAGGUGCAUGUGUAAAGGGAAAUACUACCAUGUCCCUUCAGCUUGAUACAUAGUUAAUUAAUGGUUUCCAUUUGUGGAAGAUAUUAGUUAGUUAAGAAUUAUUAGUCUACUAGAUGAUUAAUUUAUGAGCAUAGAUUUUGUUAGUUAAUGUACUAUUAUCUCCUAUUAUGCCAUAAAAAAGGAAUUAAUUUUGAAAAUUGGAAAAGAGAAUGUUAUGUAUGGCUUGUAGAAUGAUUUUUUUUUUCUUUUUUUACUGUUUGA